AUGUCUGACGAGCUCAAAGACGAAGUCGAGGCCAUCAACUCAAUUUAUGGCGAGGGGUGUCUAGUGCAAGCAAGCGACAACCCAAACAUAUACAUCUUGACACCACCUGAAGAAUCAUCGUCUCUUCGAAUUGAGUUUCCACCAUCUUAUCCCGCGGAGCCUCCCUCUGUCGUCGGUACUAACAGUACCGGCGAGCAUGGAAAGCGAGGAGAUGCUGCACGGGAGCUAUCUUUAUUCAGAGACGUCAUAGGUAGUGUGUAUGAACCUGGCAUGGUCUGCCUGUUCGAUGCACUAGAAGAGCUUAAGAGACGUCUUGAAGAAUCUGCCGCCCAUGAGGCCGAUGAGGAAGAGCACACGCCAGAGCCGGAUGCGGAACAAAACCGCCAACGUGCUGAACCCAGCGCGGAUCUGCUCAACAUGCCCGAGCCUCCAUGGAUCAUGUCUGAUCCUUUUGUCGAGCUAAAGUCCACCUUCCUGGCCCGUUGCGCUCCCGUUACUUCCACAACUCAGGCAGAGGCAUAUGUCCAACACCUGCUGGCCACGGACAAGAAGGCCCGUGUCGCAACUCACAACAUGACAGCAUGGCGCAUAAGGGGACCAAACGGUGCAACCUUUCAAGAUUGUGACGAUGAUGGGGAGACAGCUGCUGGGAGUCGGUUAUUGCAUCUUAUGCAACUUAUGGAUCUGUGGGAUGUGAUGGUGAUUGUCUCCCGUUGGUAUGGAGGUCACAAGUUGGGGCCGCGACGCUUUGCUCUGAUCAACCAGACCGCGAGAGAUGCGUUCGUCAAAGCGGGCUUGGUCGUAGAACCUUCAACCAACAAGAAAAAGGGUUCUGCAAAGUGA